AUGACUUGGAUUGGAAUUUGGGUGCAUGUUCUGGCAUAUGACUACUAUACGCCCAAGUUGUCAAAUUAUACGGGUGCUCAUGCCGCCUUAUAUGACCCAUCGAGACAGGCUCAUAACACGGAUUAUGGUAUUGGUGCAUGGAUUGGGAGCGGCUUGUCAGCUAGCAAGUUGGUUUUAGGAUUGCCUUUCUAUGGUUAUGCAUGGAGGCUAAAGAACCCAAACGACAACGCAAUAGGUGCACUAGCUACAGGUCCAGCUGCCAUUUCAACCGAUGGGGGAGCCAUGUGCCAUAAUGAUAUCAAGGGUUAUGUUCUCAGACCCGGGGCUGCUAUAAUGUAUAAUGCUACAUAUGUAGUAAAUCUAAUUGGAUUGGCUUUGAUGAUGUUGAAGUUGUCAGAAUUAAGGUUUCUUAUGCCAGGGAGAAGAAGCUACUUGGUUACUUUGUGUGGCAAAUCCCAUAUGAUGACAAUUGGGUACUUUCUUCAGCAGAAAGACCCUGACAGACGAUACCUAUUGGAUUGGAGAAAAUGCAUUGACAUUAUUGAAGGGGUAACUCAAGAGCUUUUAUAUCUUCAAGGGUAUUCAAGAAUGAUAAUAAUUCACCGAGAUUUGAAAGCUAGUAACAUUUUACUGGAUGAAGAGAUGAAGCCCAAGAUCUCAGACUAUGGCAUGGCUAGAAUUUUCAAGAAAGAUGAACAAGAAGCAAACACAAGCCGCAUUGUUGGAACCUAUGGUUAUAUUCCACCUGAAUACAUGCAAAAAGGUUUAUACUCUACUAAAUAUGAUGUUUAUAACUUUGGAGUUCUACUUCUACAAAUCAUAAGUGGCAAGAAGACUGCUUGUUAUUAUGGCUUGGAUGAGAAUCUAAACCUCCAAGAGUAUGCAUAUGAGCUAUGGAGAGAAGGCAAAGGAACGGAAUUUAUGGAUCCAACUCUAGGUGAUACAAAUUCAUCGUGUAAACUAAUUCGAUGCACGCACAUAGCUCUUUUAUGUGUUCAGGAAAACGCAAUUGAUAGGCCGUAA